CACUUCCUUCUCUCCCACUUUUGCUUACUCUCUCCGCCCUCCUAAACCCUACGACCAUGCCGACCCUCGCCGCCGCCGCCGCCGCCGCCCGCCGCGCCGGCGGGGCACUGCGAUACGCCGUGCUGGGCGGGGUUCGGUCGCUCUCAUCCCUCCAGCCGUCAUCCUCCUCCUCCGCCGCAGCCGCCGCCAGCGAGGAGGUGCUGGUGGAAGGCAAGGCCAGCGCGCGCGCCGCCGUGCUCAACCGCCCCGGCCAUCUCAACGCGCUCACGACCACCAUGGGAGCUAGGCUCAAUAAGUUUUAUAUGUCAUGGGAGGACAACCCUGAUAUUGGCUUUGUCAUGAUGAAGGGCAGCGGCCGAGCAUUCUGUGCUGGUGGGGAUGUUGUUAGGUUGCACCAGCUUAUAAGUGAAGGAAAGUUGGACGAGUGUAAGGAUUUCUUCAAGACUUUGUACAGUUUUAUUUAUGUUCUGGGCACAUACUUGAAGCCACAUGUUGCCAUUCUUGAUGGUGUUACCAUGGGUGGAGGUGGAGGUGUUUCCAUUCCCGGAACAUUUCGCAUUGUCACUGAUAGAACGGUAUUUGCAACUCCAGAAGUACAUAUUGGCUUCCAUCCUGAUGCUGCUGCCUCCUUUUAUUUGUCCCAUCUGACUGGUCAUGUUGGUGAAUAUUUGGCCUUGACUGGUGAAAAACUCAAUGGAGUGGAUAUGAUCGCACUUGGCCUUGCUACACACUAUUCCAUGAGUGAUCGGUUGAAUCUGGUUGAUGAACGCCUUGCAACAUUGUUAACUGAUGAUCCAUCAGUUAUUGAUACUUCCCUUACACAUUAUGGAGAUCUUGUGUAUCCAGAUAAGAGUAGCAUUGUUCAUAGGCUGGAGGUUAUAGAUAAAUGUUUCAGCCUUGAAACAGUCGAGGAGAUUGUGGAUGCCAUGGAAAUUGAAGCAGCUAGGUUAAAUGAAGAUUGGUCUACCUUGGCCCUGAAACGGUUGAAAGAGGCUUCUCCUCUUGCGUUGAAAGUUUCACUGCGAUCGAUACGUGAAGGUAGAUACCAGACACUUGAUGAAUGCCUUGUGCGUGAAUACCGCAUGUCUAUCAAUGGAAUCUCAGAGAAAUUUUCUCAUGAAUUUCGUGAGGGUGUCAGAGCACGUCUUGUGGAGAAGGACCUAGCUCCAAAGUGGGAUCCACCUGCCCUUGAGUAUGUAUCAGCGGACAUGGUCGAUUCUUACUUUGCUCCCCUGGGUGAAUUUGAGCCUGAGUUGACACUGCCUACUGAAUCGCGAGAGGCAUUUGUAUGAUGACUCUGCAUGACAAUUCCAAGUAGCGCUUUUGUUUGAAGCCUUAUAGAUUUUUGAGCCCACACUGUCGACCGUUGGCAGCACAUAAUAACAGAUAGGAUUCUCAAUCUAUUCUUGUACCAUAUAUGCCUUGGUGUAUUGAAAGGAACUGAUCUCCAAGGUGAACUCCUACCAUUCUCACUUUCAUAAAUUAAUGCCUUCGCUUCAUUUCAUUUAUACUAU